UAUUAAAGCUAGUGCCAAUCACCAAAUUGAGAGAGAGAGAGAGAGCGAGAGAGAGAGAGAGAGAGGUGUUUUCAUUGAAUACAUAGAACAGUUUUGUUAUGACUUCAGUUUAGUGCGAAAGUGGAAAACGUGGUAAUCCAAAUUAAAAGAGUGAAUCUGUGCUGUAAAUCUGCCAAAUGGAUAAAAGAAAGAAAGGAUCUCCUACAGAAUUAAGGCUUAUGGUGGUCGGCAGCAGGGGACCUUGGCAGUUCCUUCUAACAAAUGCCAUACUUGGGAGGGAGGAGUUUUCAAAGGAUGUCACUGGCAUUUCUGACAGCAGGAAGAGUACUGGAGAGCUGGCUGGUAGACGAGUGGCUGUGAUCAAUGGACCAAACAUCUUUGACAAGGAUAUAUCUCAAACUAAAAGGAAGAUGGAACUGAGAAGGUCUAAGUGCUUAUGUAUUCCUGGUCCCCAUGCAUUUCUUGUUGUCUUUGACAUGGAGAAAAUCUCCCCAAAUGAAAUAAAAACCCCCAAACUGUUGAGGGAACGCUUUGGAAGACAUUGUCCGAGACACUGCAUGGUUCUCCUGGCUUAUGAUGGAAACCUGGAGGGAGCUGACCUGGAAGACAGAGUGCAGAAGAGUGACUGGCCCCUGAAGGAACUGAUUGAGAAGUUCGGUGGACGUUUUCACGUUUUCAGCAAGAACUGGAGAGAUUGCAGCCAUGAAAGAUUGCUGCUGCAGAAGAUUGAGAGGAUGGUGGCCUCCUUAGGAGGAGGCUACUUUUCCAGCAGUAGUUUCCAGAAGGCUGAGGAGUGUGUGAGGAAGGAGGAAAAGAGGCUCAUGAAGCAGAGGACAGCAGAGAUAGAGAAGACAUGGAGGGAGAUGGAGCAGCAAUACAUAGCGGAGGAGCUGUAUCACCAGAAGGACACCUACACCAGCAGUGUCAGUGCUGAAAUCAGAGCCAAGGCAGAAAUGGACAAUGAAUGGCUCAGAACCUCCAUGGCAAGAGGACUAGGGACGGGUUUAGUUGUGGGAGCUGUCAUGGGUGCAUUGUUUGGGUCCAUAGAGGGGCCAGGAGGGAUGGUUCUUUACGGGAUUAUAGGUGGUGCAGUAGGUGGAUCGGCAGGAGGAACCGCACAGGUAGCUAUAGAGCAUAUUGAAGACAGAGUGGCUCCUUCUGCCAGACUCAACUUCAACUCAAUCUUCAUCAAUCGCUUUUUUGCUGCUCCUCGACCAUGACAGCGUGGUAAUGACUUAUUAUGACCGUUUUUUCAGGAAUAAAAUGAAAUGAAAUGUAUCCAAGUAAUAAUAAUAAUAAUAAUAAUAAUAAUAAUAAUAAUAAUGAAUGGAAUUUAUAUAGCGCUUUCACAGACUCAAAGUCGCUUUACAGAGGAGGUAGAAAACAUAAAGUGUUGCUUAUGUAGUUUUUAAGGCUAAUUUGAUACCAAAGUAGAUUAGAAAAUGUGCCACUACCUUUAGGUUAAAACUAAAGCUCGGCUUGUUCUAUGUCAUGCAGCAGAAGGGAAUUACUAAAGGUCACAAACACUAAGUCUCAUGGCUGAUUUAAACUGUAAAUUAGUAUUUUGAAUAAAUUAGUUGUCAUUUGUGACAGCACAUUUGAGAA